AGUCUUUACUACUACUUCUAGUUAUAAACUUUUGGACCAUUUCUGCCUGUUGCUGUUGGCUCCUAUGGACAGCUAUUUCUUGUCAUGAAUAUGGUUGUGUAUUGACAUCAACUGUUCUCCGCACCUCAAUGAUUCGCAAUGGCGGAUGCGGUUAACAGAGAGACAGUAACAAUCCUCUUGCUGGGAGACCCUGGCUGUGGUAAAUCGACCUUCUUAACUCGCUUAAAGGCGGGAGUAAAGAGGCCAGGCUCCCAGUUAGCGUCGCAACCACUAGAUCCUUUACAUGAUGAGGACCAGCCUUUUAUCUAUGAUAUACGGUUCUCGAAGAAAUGGUUCGUUCUCGAGUGCUACGAUACUGCCAACCCAAAUCAGCACUGGACGACGUUGAACCCGGAUGUCGUUGUUUUGGCGUUUGAUAUCUCGAAUAGAGAUACGUUGGAAAACUUGAAAGCUUGGCGCCAGGAUGUUAUCAGAUACUUCCAAAGGGGCACCGGAGAGCGGAUACCGGUGGCAAUGAUUGGUUUAAAGCGAGAUCUCCGCGUUGAAGGGCCCAGCAUUAUAUACCCUCAGGAAGCAUAUCGGAUAGCCCAAGAACUUCGCUGUGACAUGUACGCUGAAUGUUCCGCUCUGACGGGCGAGCUCAUGGCGGAAGCCUUUGAAGACAUAGCAAGAAUGGCGGCAAUGACUACUACCGAACAAGGAGGUCAGACUGCCGGGGGUUGCAUGAUUCUGUGACUAUCUCAUGGAUGAAAGAAUGCUGCUAUCCUUACACAACCGCCAACAAAGAUGAUUAAUAUACAAGCCUUCCAGCUUAUUGUCAUUCAAGCUCUUUUUUUUCGCAUGACCCCCACAUUGCUUUCUCCAUGAACGUCAACUGUGCUUUGAGCCCAAGUUCAUUAUUGUCUUCUGCAUUUGUCUUUUAUUUUAUGAUAUAAGCCCAUCACUACGCUAGCAUCCAGCCAGCAUCCAUCUUACCACUUGUU